UUGGACUUCCAUGAAAAUGGCGGCGGCAGUGCUUGGUGUAUUCUUGGCUAUAUUAGCUGUUACUGCAGCUUUGCCAGAAGACCAUGAACUAAUGAAGGUAGACCCUGGUCCUCGGUACCAGUAUAUGUCAAGCCCGGAAGGAACUGAGCUGGUGGACCUUGCGUGGAAGCCGAGCGAUCUGUUAGAAGCUGCCAAGUACAACGUUGAAACCCAGGUGUUCUUCCAUCUUUUCACCAGGGCUAAUCCUACAGUAAGUCAGCCAUUACUCCUAGGAGUACCACACAUCCUGGCCGCUUCCAACUUCGACCCUUCGAAGAAGACGGUUGUCAUAGCCCACGGAUGGAGAAACACACCUCUGCACGAUUUUAAUGUUUAUCUAGUUCAUGCAUACCUGCAGGCUGAGGAUAUAAACAUGAUCAUGGUGGAUUGGAGCAUAGGAGCCGGCGCCUUGUACAUCGUGGCCAUAGCCAAUAACAUCCGAACAGGUGAACAUGUUGCGAAAUUCAUCACCUGGUUGAACUCGGAAACAGGAGCGUCUCUGGACAACUACCACCUCAUCGGACACAGUCUGGGUGGACAUCAAGUUGGAAUCAUUGGACGGAACCUGGGUGGAGAGGUUCCUUAUAUCACUUGUAAGUGUAUCUUCUACCUGGCUGAAUCUCUAAUAAGAGGUGGUUUCACUGGACAGCGAUGUGACUCCUUGUGGCAAGCUCUCACUGGAAACUGUGCAUCAUCAGACACUCUGCCGAUGGGAGGCACCACCGCUAAACCUGGAGCUACCGGGAUAUACUACUUGACAACAAACGCUCAAUCACCAUUCUCACAAGGCUAA